CGGGAUUGACUUGCCGCCGUGAGUUGAAGACUGCCACCGUCUAAACUCUACAACGCCGCAUCCCGCAACCAUGGCUGCUCUCUACAGAGCCAUUCUGCUGCUCCGGAGCGACCAUGGCCUGGAUGGCGAGCACCACCUCGUCCCCCGACAAUCCCAUACCGUCGAGACCCUCGACGGCUCGACCAAGGCCGGUUUCAUCGCUAUGGGCAUCUGCGGCCUCGUCUCGUUCAUUGCAACACUCAGUCUCCUGUUGUUCUUGACCUACCGCUUUAUCUUCUGGAAACGCUACUACAAACGACCUCUCGCGCACAACCAGUAUGUCGUUCUCAUCUACCAGCUCCUGCUCGUCGAUCUUCAACAGGCGACCGCGUUCCUGCUCUGCCUGCACUGGGUGACCAAGGGCGCCGUCUACUAUCCAAGCGCCGCAUGUAUCCUGCAAGGUUGGUGGAUCCAGACGGCCGAUCCGGGAAGCGGGUUGUUUGUUAUCGCGAUUGCUAUGCAUACCGGUGCCGUCGUCCUGCGAGGCCGCCAGUUAUCGUUCAGGGCGUUCGUGGCCUGUGUGAUUGGACUGUGGGCAUUCAUCCUAGUACUAGGUUUCAUCACUGUUGGACUUUACGGGUCCAAGACGUUUGUCAUUUCCGAGGCUGCCUGGUGUUGGCUGAGUCCUGAGCAUGAAAAUGAGCGUCUUUGGGGCCACUACCUCUGGAUUUUCCUCGCCGAGUUCGGCACUGUGGUGCUCUACGGUAUAAUGUUCUUCUACCUGCGCCGCCGGAUGGUGCACGCUGCAAAGCUGCGGCCCAACCAUCAGGACAGCCUGAAACGGCUCAACCGCGUCGUUAUCUACAUGGUCAUCUACCCCUUCGCCUACAUCCUGCUCUCGCUCCCGCUGGCUGCCGGCCGAAUGUCCAGCGCGCGUCAUGUCAUUCCGAGCCGCCAAUACUUCGCCGCUGCUGGUUCACUUAUGGCCUUGUCUGGUCUGGCGGACGCGGCCGUCUACACGCUCACGAGGCGGCAGUUGCUACUCGAUACGGACCUCAGCCAGUCGGACGGCCCGUAUAAUCGUUAUGCCUACUCGGGCUCACAUACGUACCAUACGCAAGUUACGUCUACGACUGGAGGGCGUGAAAGGAAACGAGGUCGGUUCCGAAAGGGAAUGCAAACGUUGAAUGAAACUAUCCAAGAUGAUCGUGAUGAUUCUACCGAGGAGAUUGUAAAGGGCGGUCGAAAUGACAGUGGGGAUGUCGAGAUGGUCAAUUAUACGGGUCACGGAGUGUAUCAAGAGACGACGAUCGAGAUCACGCACGAGGUAGCGGAUCCCCGAGAGUUUCCCCAGCGGGAACGGCAUAGUGGGUGAAGGGGUCUUCAUACAUAUAUCCUUUAUAUAUUUUCUUCACUACGACCGGUCGACCUCAGUCAUUUUCUUUUGUUUAUAUUAUACCAUAUAUAGUACACUC